GUGACACGGACCAGGUGUCAUGGCGACCCCCAUUCAAACACGUUCUGAACAUCAGGAAUUAUUUUCCAUGUCCUUUACUAUGACGUUGCUUAUCGUGAAUGGGAUGUGGACUGAACCCUUGCCGAGUUUUCGUAACAUCGUAACAUACCAAUGAUACACCAUGCCCAGCAGUCUGGCCCUAACAUAUAACUCUACCAGAUUGGUAGGCCUGUCCAUGAAUUUCAUAGGUCUAAAGCUAAACGAUCCCCCCCCCUGCGAAAAGGCUUCAAAAUGGUUAAAUGUCAAGACUUGAUUAAAGUAGCAAGGCAUGUUACAUUUUCAUGUCUAUGUCCGCUUUAUUUCUCUUUCUUCAUUAGCCUCUGCAUAAAAAUGGACCUAACCUUUUUUAUUGGCCUAUAAGUUUUGUGAGACAGACAACUACGUGAUAUUACCACUGAAAUUGGAAUGACUUUGGGCUCCAGCUCGAGAUUUUUGACAAGGUUUAAUGUAAGAAGUUUUCACAGAUGGAGAGCUGCUUACUCAAUGCCGCUUACUUCUCAACGGAAGAAGGUUUCAGAAUUCAGUUUGGGGUUAGGCCUAUCAUUCCAGAGACCUGACUUCUGUCAGGACUUUUAUCAUGGAGUGGGAAAGACCAGAGGUUUUCAAUGCUCACCAAUCCAGUUGGCUACUAUAGUGCCAUUCAAUCUCUCUGACAUUGGAGAAGGAAUCAGAGAAGUAGUCGUCAAAGAAUGGUUUGUGAAAGAGGGUGACAAAGUGGCCCAGUUCGACAGCAUCUGUGAGGUGCAGAGUGAUAAGGCAUCUGUGACCAUCACUAGUCGAUAUGAUGGGAUUGUGAAGAAACUUCACUACAAUGUUGAUGAUACAGCUAUAGUGGGCAAGCCAUUAGUAGAUAUUGAGAUUGAGGAAAGCCGUCAAGAACAUGAGCCCCAGGUCACAGUUCAGGAAGGUGUCAAGGUGGGAACAACUUCAGACUUGGUGAAACUACCAGAGGAGAAAGUAUUGGCCACUCCUUCUGUGAGAAGACUUGCAGCUGAGCAUAAUGUUAAGUUGUCUUCAUUGAGAGGGACAGGUAAGGAUGGCCGGGUGUCAAAGGAAGACAUUUUGCGAUAUUUGGAGGAGCGUGAGAAGGGGGAAAAGAAGCCACCAAAGCAGGAAAUAAGACCACCACCACCUCCUCCUGAUAAGGAACGGAAAGCUCCCCCUCCACCAAUUACUCAUUCACCUGUGACAAGGCCUCAACUUGAAGAUAAGCACAUUCCUAUAAAGGGCAUUGUAAAGGCAAUGGUCAAGACCAUGACUGUGGCCAGUAGGGUUCCACUGUUCGGAUAUGCUGAUGAGGUGGACAUGACUGAAUGUGUGCACCUGAGGCACUUGAUGAACAAACAUAGUGCUGAGAGGGGCAUCAAGUUCUCAUUCAUGCCCCUUAUUUUGAAGGCUGUGUCUCUGGCUCUACUUGAAUACCCACGGCUUAAUGCCACCGUGGAUGAAAAUUGCGAAAUGAUGACCUAUCGAGGGAACCAUAAUAUUGGUGUUGCAGUUGACACACCUGAUGGCCUCCUUGUCCCCAAUGUAAAAAAUGUGGAAUCUCUAAGUGUAAUGGAGAUUGCUCAAGAGAUGAGAAGACUACAGGACCUUGCACUUAAGAACUCUCUCACCACACAGGAUCUCUCUGGUGGCACCUUUUCUCUAUCCAACAUUGGAUCUGUGAGUCUAUUCCUUCUCAUUAUCUAUCUGAGGAAGUAUCUCCCAAUAUCUUCCAUAACAGGGCAAAUCAUUUCAUUCUCAGAUUGGGGGAACUUAUGCAAGGCCAAUAAUCUUACCACCCGAAGUGGCAAUUGGGGCCUUAGGAAAAAUCCAGAGAAAUUUUCUUUUGAAAAUGUCAUCUUUAUGCUUCUAUUCUGGAUGAAUUAUUGUAUGUUUCAGGUGUUACCAAGGUUCAGUGUAGAUGGGAACAUUGAGAAGGUUCACAUCAUGAAUGUGAGCUGGUCAGCUGACCAUCGGGUCAUUGAUGGGGCUACAAUGGCCCGCUUCUCAAAUCUCUUCAAAUCUUACUUGGAAAAUCCAGGUCUCAUGCUUUUGCAGCUCAAGUGA